AAGAAACUUGCUCAAACGGAAAUGUGACAUGGCCGUUAAUGUUUCAGGCUACACUGAAAUCCUUUCCCGCCAUUUCUGCUCACAACCCUACCAAGGAACUGUCUUCUCUCUUCAACCUCACCAAAACAACUUCCCUCGUCAAGGAAUUACACGGACAACUAAUUGUAAAUGGACUCCAUCGAAUUGUUUUCUUCGGUACGAAGAUCGCUGACGCUUAUAUCGAAUUGGGUUACCUGGAAAACGCCUCCAAAGCAUUUGAUCAGAUCUCUUUUAAGAAUCCACGUUCAUGGAACACAAUCGUUGCUGGAUAUUCGAAAUACUGCUGUUUUUCUGAUGUUUUACAGCUUUACAAACGACUGCGGAGGGAGAGUUCUCCGGUUGACAGUUUUAAUUUGGUGUUCGCAACCAAAGCUUGCUUGGGGUUGUGUCUUUUAAGAGAAGGGGAGUCUUUUCAUUCUGAAGCCAUCAAAUGGGGACUAGACACUGAUGCUUACGUCGCACCUGCGCUCUUGAACAUGUACGUUGAAUUGGGUACAUUGGAAGAGGCCCAGAAGGUUUUCAGCAAAAUUUCUGAGAGAAAUUCGGUCAUAUGGGGUGCUAUGAUGCGAGGGUAUUUGAAGUUCUCAAAAGAAUCUGAAGUUUUUGAGCUGUUCCCUCAAAUGAUUAACAAUGGUUUUCAAUUGGAUCCUUUUUCAAUGGAAGGGUUGAUCAGAGCCUGUGGGAAUAUUUGUGCUGGUAAAGAUGGAAUGGCACUUCAUGGGUAUUGUAUUAAACUUUGUUUCAUGGAUUCGAACUAUUGUCUACAGACGUCCAUUACAGACAUGUAUACAAAGUGUGGCUUCCUUGAUUGUGCGCUCAAAUUUUUCAAAGAAAUACCGGACAAGGAUGUUGUUCUAUGGAGCACAAUGAUUGCAGGAUUUGCCAAAAAUGGCGGACCAUUGCAUGCAAUUUCUCUCUUCCGAGAUAUGUUGGAAAAGGCAGCACUUCUGAAUGUGAUUACAUUUUCUAGUGUUCUUCUUGCUUGCUCACAGUUGGGUGCUCUGCAAGAAGGAAAGACUGUCCAUGGCUAUGUGAUUAGAAACGGGUUUGAAUUGGAUGUAGUAACUUAUACUGCCUUCAUUGAUAUGUAUGCUAAAUGUGGUUCCAUUGGGAUGGCCUACAAAGUGUUCGAUUGGAUGCCUGAAAGAAAUGUAUAUUCUUGGAGUGCAAUGAUCAAUGGGUUUGGAAUACAUGGUUUAUAUUCUGAAGCAAUCACUCUUUUUUCUCGAAUGGUAUCUGAGAAUUACAUACCCAAUUCCAUAACUUUUGUUUCAGUCCUGUCAGCUUGCAGUCAUUCUGGUAAGGUUGAAGAAGGAUGGCAUUAUUUUGAAUCAAUGAGCAGGGACUUUGGUAUUGAUCCCACAGAGGAGCAUUAUGCAUGCAUCGUCGACCUAUUAGGUAGGGCAGGUAAAAUUGAAGAAGCAAAACUGUUGAUUGAUUAUAUGUCAACAAAGCCUGGUGGUAGUAUUUGGGGAGCUCUACUAAGUGCUUGUAGAAUUCACAAGCGAGUUGAAUUAGCUGAAGAAGUGGCUGAAAGGCUCCUUGUCUUGGAGCCUGAUCAGCCUAGUGCUUUCAUAUUGCUUUCUAAUAUAUAUGCAGCUGCUGGAAUGUGGGAGAAAGUAAAGAAGAUGAGAUUAAUGAUGACUGAAGAGAGACUUAAGAAGACUGUUGGGUUUAGCUCCAUUGAAGUUGAAAGGAAGGUCCAUGUAUUUAGUGCCAACGAUAGACUGGCAUGUAGGAACACAGAAAUUAAGUAAAUUUGGAGUUCCCUACAAGAACAAAUGAAUGCACUAGGUUACAUUUCUCCUUCAUGAUUUGGAUGAUUUGUGCUCAUGUUGAGAUGCUGGUAAAUUGUAGUUGGAAUUCUAAA